AUGAGGUAUGCGCAGUUGGUAAUGGGACCCGCUGGAAGCGGUAAGGUAGGUAUAGUGAAAAAUAUGGGUAGUCGUUUGUGCUGCAGCAAGAUUGUGCUGGCUCUGUAUGUUCGGGGGCCUGUUUUAAUUGUUAAAGAUCGGUGUGCGACAAAUGUAGACUUGCAGACUGGCAGAACAAGGAAAACCUUGUUGUGGAAUGCUUUUACUUAGUCCCUAUGCCUAAAAGUUUAAGUCAUUUAAAAGUCUACAACAAUCAAAUGUUUACUUCUUUUACCUGCCAGUCUGCAGUCCGCGUUUGUCCCACACACUGGUUAAAGAUCCUGAGCUCAUCACUCUGUGAUUCUAAGGUUGGUUUCAAUCAUCUCAAAAUUUCAAGAACAUUUUGCUAAAACUUAGGUGGAACACUUUGGUCACUGUAUAAACAUUUUCAGGAAAAAGUGGCCCUCAUAUCUGAAGGUGGCCCACUUUGACAUGACUGCUUGAACCAAAACCAGUCCCACAGCACUGAAGUUUUGAAGUAACCAGAAUUUUGGUCAAAACAUGACGGGUUGCUUUGAUCUGAGUUGAUUGGAAAUUUCUUUCAGUUGAAAAAAUGUCAUUGAAAUUUUCCUUGGUUAGUUCCACUGGUAUCCACUUUGCAGAGAUGUCCAUUAAUGGAUUUUUUAAGGUCUUUCUUAUCUUUCCUUACCAUUUUUUGGUGUUUAAGAACGGAGGUAAGGGCAGCCUGAGAAAACAGCCGGCAUUUUGCGACACCACCAGUGGUUUCUUCGCCAAAUGACCUGUGAACACAGGCAUGCCCUGAUUUCAAUAACAACAACUGCCAUGCAAAUAGAGAGUGAUCUCUCUGUGGUCUGAGGAACGAGUGCCGAAAUUUUACAUGGUUGACCUGUCACUAUCCAGAUCUGGAUAGUGUUUCUGACUGGUUGAAGCAAAUUUUCCUUGCCACACAACCAACCAGAAGCACUAGGUACCUUGAUCUGCAUUCUGGGUGGUUCACAUCAUCAGUAUGGAAUUUCCUGCAGGCGUUUCUCAGACAGACAUCAUUUCGCGAGGAAGCCGGAAAAAAAAUGAAAUGUUGGUUUUUUUCUCAGGCUAGGGUAUGGGUUGUUGGAGUAAUUUUCUUAUUAGAGUAAUAUGGGUUUCAAGGAAGAAAAUAUUGUGAAGAGGAAAAGAACUUUGCCUUUUUGGGAGUACAAUAAUGAUUAUUUCAACACUCUAGAUUUUAAAUAAAUUUACCACCACCAGCCUCUUGGAUUAUCAGUCAGACUGUUACCACAUUAUGUAACUUUAUAAUAUUUACUGAAUUGUUUUUUAAAUUGCAUGUUGCACACUGUAUUUGCAUGCAUCUGCAUAGUCAGUAGUGAAGAAGCUGUAGUUGCCUUGGUGAAAAUUUGAAGUUUCUUGUGCUAAUGCAUUUACAAAGAAGUAAACAAACGUGGUUAUAAAGAUAGUUUUUCUUGGAUAUUAUCUUGAUGAGAAUUUAUGUCUGGCUAUAUAUGGCCCUGUGCAAGUGCUUUGCAGUGCUCUCCUAGUUGAGGCCAUUUUGUUGUUUUCAGUCAACUUAUUGUACUACAAUUCUGCAACACUGCGAAAAUGUACAAAGAUCAGUUCAUGUGGUUAACCUUGAUCCAGCUGCUGAACACUUUGGUUAUCCGGUUUUAGCAGGUGAGUUCAUUAUUAAUAUUUUUCAGUUUGUUGCUUUAUUUCAUUUUCAUGCACUGUCUGUGAUAAUCAGCAUGACUAUGAAGUUCAAAGAAACUUCAGCAUUAUUUUGGUGAUUAAAAAUGCAACCAUACGUAAAAUUAUAUAUUUAAGGUACACUUGUUCAUGCAUAGGAAAACUAAUUGCUAAUGAAAAUAAUUAAUGUGAUUAGGUAGGGUUUUUCAGAAACUUUAAGUGGAAGAAAUUUAAGUACAUCUUGUUGGCAACAAAGUUGAUCAAAAGGCAUGGAUUGGCUCACAGCCACCAUGAUGUGGGGGUAGAGGGAGGAUCAGGGGGGCUUCCUUGGUGAAUUUUAAAUCUGAGGAUGCUGAAAAAGUGCAUUUGACUGAUGGACUGGUGAUACAAAAUAUUAAUUUUAAACCUGUGGAUGGCACCCUUAUUUACCCACAUAUUUGCUUUAUUUUAUAUCAUUUAUAAAUGGGUAUAGUUAUUUGUAUAAGGGAAACUCAAGAUUUUAGAAACAAAUUAAUGUGGUGAAUUUAUUCCUGCGCUUGAAAAAUGUUAUUAAUUUUUCUGUGAGUAGCAGCCUUUUCGUGUCAACUAGGCAGUGAGUGAGCAUUUCCCUGAUUGUUGUAGCUUUCUCAGAAUCUUGGAUUGCUUGCAAAAAUUAUACCAAAUAAGAAUUAGUUUAAGAUUCUGCAGUGUGACCUAUUUAUUUUAUGUGUACUUCCAAAUAGAAGUGUAGUUUUUUACUUCACCCUUUAUAGUCAACACUGUACAUGUAUGUAUCUUGUUGCUUAUUUCUUGUUUAUUGUGGCCUCAUAGAUGUGAGGGAGCU